AUGCUUCAAGUUUGUCAUGCCUGGCCACUGGAAGAAUCAAUGCCCUUGUACGCAAAUGGUCCUGUGCAGCACGAGUUCCUCAUCAGUCCACAUAGAGGACAGAUAAUCUGGGGCACAGCCGCAGAAUCCGUGGUUGACCUAAUGUGGGGAAAACUGAUGACAAGAUAUGGCGCAGUGAAGCUUGAAUGUUACCGAAGCACUGCCAUGAGAAGGCUGCAAAUCUAA